AUGGAGCCCCCCAACGGCAGCACAGCCAGCCAGUCAGACACGUGCUUCGGGGUGUUCAACGCCAGUGAUGGCCGUGACACUGCACAGAACAGCAUCACCUCUCCCUGGUUCUCCACUGCCUUUGGCCUCAUUGGCCUCUGCUCCAACCUCUUCGCCCUCUGCGUCCUGCUCAGCUCCUCCCGUAAGCUGUCCAGCCGGGCCCGCUCCUCCUUCCUCAUCUUCCUCUGCGGGCUGGUGGUCACAGACUUCAUGGGGCUGCUGGUGACGGCCUCGGUCAUCAUCCCCUACCACUUCAUCAAGUUUGCCUGGGCCGAGGUGGACUCCAGCUGCCACCUCUGUAACUUCCUUGGCUUCUCCAUGGUCUUCUUCGGACAGUGCCCACUGCUGCUGGGGGCCACCAUGGCUGGGGAGAGGUUCUUUGGCAUCAACCACCCCUUCUCCCGCUCCGCCAGCAUCUCCAAGCGCCGCGCCUGGUCCAUCGUGGGGCUGGUGUGGGGCUGCCCCUGCCUGCUGGGGCUGCUGCCAGUGCUGGGGCUGGGGCGGUACACGCUGCAGUACCCUGGCUCCUGGUGCUUCCUCACCCUCUUGCCCGACACCGGUGAUGUCAUCUUCUGCCUGCUCUUUGCCCUGUUGGGCAUCUUCUCGGUGCUGCUCUCCUUCAUCUUCAACACAGUCAGCGUGGUGACACUCUGCCGUGUCUACCAUGACCGGGAGUCCGUGCAGCGGCGCCGAGACAGCGAGGUGGAGAUGAUGGUGCAGCUCGUGGGCAUCAUGAUCAUCGCCACCAUCUGCUGGAUGCCCCUCCUGUUCCUGGGUGAGGUCCCAGGCCUCGGAGUGUUCUUCAUGACAUGUUCCUGCUGGUGA